AUGAGCGGGAAAGCCCUGCCCACUUUGGGAGGCCCAUCACGGGCUUCUCGCAGUUGGCUUGGCCGUUGUUGUCGGCGCAGUGCAUCGGUCAAAUUGCCAGAAACACCUCUCGUCCUUGCUGGUGCAGCUGGUGGCCCGUUCGGCAUAUUCUUCUUGACUCCUCUCCGGAAUGCCUUGACAUUGGCAAGCCAGAGUCCAAAUGGUGCCGUGCUGGACUUGUAUGCAAGCGUGUUUGCCGGCGGCUUUGCUGCUGGAUGGACAGGAGGCCUGGCAUGCGUGCCGCCGAGUUGCCCACAAUUUAUAGUCAUGGGACCGCUCUUCCAUUUCUUGAAGGAGCUACUUCAGUCGGCUCCCCUAGCUGUCGUGUGCAGCUCUUUCGCCGAGAGCACGAUCUCAUAUCCUUCUCAGACCAUCAAUGCACAGAUGGCCUUCAACGCAGAUCAAGCAUUAAUUGGCGGUGUGCAGGUGCCGCUCUGGAACCCGUUCUUGCCAUGGGGUCCCGGAUCUUCUGCACAUGUGCUGCGAAACAUUGUUGCACUCAGUGGGCUACGAGUUUUCUCAGCACCUUGCCAGGCGGGCCUUGCCAGAGCCGCGGAGGCUGCCGGCUGUCCUCUGCACCUGGAAGCGCAGCAGUUUUUCGGCGAUUUUAUUGCGUCCAUGGGAUCUGCAAUCCUCAGCGCUCCUUUAAACCAGCUGUACAACUUCGCGGUCACGUCCAACGAGUUCAUGGCGUCUGAGACGCUUCACAAGCUGGCGCUCUCUAAAGCCUUCCUAUCCGACGCCUACCUCAUCUACGAUGCCGAGGACAACUGGGUGGGGGUGUCGCCAACGCUCGGGCGAGACCUCUUCAUGCGUUGUGCAUAUAUUGCAACGCUUUAUGCGCUGUUUGGCGCCAUUGAGCGACUCUUUGUGGCCAUGUGGAAGCGCUUCCACAGGUGA